AUGCCUUCAAGGAUUGCUGAGCCCUCUGUGGCAGACACGACAGCGACCCAGGAGUUGCUGUUCAUUACCUUUCCGCCCUUUCCAAAACCCCCACCGGGUGUGACACUCAUCCCUUUCAAAGAUUUCAGGGCGUGCGGGAUACAGCUGUUCGCUGAAGUUGUUGGUGGGCAGAAUGAGGAAGACAUAGAGCUCGAUGGUCUGGGGAUACCCACUGUCGAGUUGCGCGUGAAGCAUUCAACUGAUGAGUGUAAAAGCAAUACACGCAAGAGGAAGUGCAAGAAGAAGACCGCUGCUGCAGAAGGUGUGCCUGCAAGGAAGGUCCCGUGGUACAAAGAGUGGGAGGAAGGUGAAGAUCUGCGUAUCACGAAGGGCAAGAAUAUCUCCCAUGUGGAUCGUCUCUUUCAUGCUGCAAAUGACUUUCGGGUCAAUCGUACUUGGCCGCCGAUCACUUCUGGGGUCAGCCAGCUUUGGGACCAGUUCUGUCUGUAUGUUGGACUCCUUGUCAAUCCAAGUGUCUAUCGUAAACCAAGCAAAGAGGGAGAAGCAGAUGAUGACAAUGACGACAAUGAUGGCCCUACUGAUAUCCAGACCGACACAAAGGACACCUCUGAAUCAGUUCUUCCCUCAGAUGAUCCUGCUCGCUCAGCUUACUCUGUUGAGUUGGAUGAUGAUGAUGAUGAUGAUGAAGGUACUUUGCAGGCACGCAAAACUGAUCUAGAGGAACAACGCGAGGAGAAGCUGAUCGUGUUCUUGAACAACCUGGAGAAGUCAGUGACGAUUUUCCUAUCAUCUCACAUGCGUGAACAAGGCCUCAUCUGGUCAGAGAGGAACCUUGUUAAUGCACCACACCUCCUCAGCUUCUUUUUGAACUUUGUCCUGCGGAACUGUGUUCUCCAAAAAGUCUCACAUGAAUGUGGCAUCUGCAAUGCCCUCGAUAUUGUGGAGCUCGCGAAGAAGGAGCUGCCCUUGACAUACAAGAUCGGGCAGGCAUUACCCGAUGUGCUCAACGAUGGCUCCAAGGAGUGCUUUGGCCGGAAAGGCUCCCUUCAUGCUGCAUAUGCUACAUUCGUGAAUGAGGCACUUGCCCAUGAUGACAAUAUGGAAGUAUUAGUGAGGGCAGAGAACUUAUCUGACAGGCACAGUGGAGUGGAUGACUUGGAGGCCGAAGGAAGGGACUUGGAGGAUAUUCAAGACAGUGAGGACAAGGCAGAAGAUGAUGGGGAUGUUCGAAGCGACAAGGAAGACUCUUAUAAUGUUGUGCAAAGGGCAGAAAAUGCUACUUCAGACCUUACAAUGUCCUCUGACUCGAUGUAUACCUUUGAUUACUCGUUCAUGGAUGACAUACCAGCAGUGUCUAGUGUUCCAUCAACUCCUAUUCACAACACUCAGGGGAACGACAAUGACUUCGAAUACCCACAGGUCCCAACUGCCUUCAGUGCAGCUGAUCUUGCCGAUUUUGACAGGCUACUCUCUACCGUAACACAACAGGAUCUCGACACUCUAGACUUCCCUUCAUUAGUGCCAUAUCCUGGUGCCUCCAGCUUUAGUUCAGAGCCUGGGUCUGAACUCAAUAAUUUUUCAUUCCCAUCAACAGCUGCGAGUGGGGGCUCUGGGUGUGAAUUCAAUUUUUCUCUCACAGACUUUGACUUUGAGAAGUUCUUGCCUCGUUCAAGCCCUAGCCCUGCUUACCUGAUUCUCAAUGAAACACCCACCAGCUUAAAUUCGGACUCGGACAUUGCUAUACCCUUGCCACUUCUCGAUGAAAUGCCCAUCAGCUUGAAUUCGGACUCUGACAUCACAAUACCCUUGCCGCUUCACAAACCUUCAGCACCUCAGGCUCUCGUACACCAAUCACUAGGCCCGCAGGCUGACUCAGACGGCCCACGUUGA